AUUUUACACCAAAUGCAAUUUGUACUUGGUUAUGUUUUGAUUGAUUUAUGAAGUGAAUUCUGUCUUAAAUGUCUACCUCUGUUCGCCGCAUGAACUCUGACGAAUGUAUUGAUUUAAACCGGAAUCUAACGCGCAAAACAGUGCAGCGUGAUUUGCACACAAAAGUCCAGAAUCUUCCAGAAACUACUUCUAGUCACUCUACUGCAUAUCAUAGAGAUAAAACUGCAUCAAUGGCUCAAAACUUUAACAAAAUAUUUGUCUAUGGCAGCUCAGUUGCUCUCAUAGCAGUGAUUCUAUAUGGCGUAAGAAAAUACAGAUCAAAGUCAUGGGGAAGAUGCACCAACAAAGAAUCAUUGGUUGGAAAGACAGUGCUCAUCACUGGAGCAAACAGUGGACUUGGUUAUGAAACAGCCAAGGAACUAAGCUUAAGAGGAGCUGAUAUCAUCAUGGCUUGUAGAAAUAAAGACCUAGCACAGAAGGCUAUAACAAAAAUUGAAAAUUCUAAUAUCUCCAAUAAACUGCUCUUUAUUGAAGUGGAUCUUGGAUGUCUUGACUCAGUAGUCAAGUUUUCUUCUACUGUGGCACAGAAAUACUCAAAAAUUGAUAUUCUGGUGAAUAAUGCAGGAGUUUCUAUUCCUAACAAGCAAAAAAUGACAACACCUGAUGGUUUGGAGAUUCAUUUUGGUGUGAAUUAUCUGAGCCACUUUUUGUUGACAACUUUAAUGAUGCCUCUUUUGGAAAAAGCAGGACAUGCAAGAGUUAUCAAUGUUUCCUCACAACUACAUCAGAGGGGAUCAGUUAAUUUGGAAGACAUUAACUAUGAAAAGCAUCCACCAAAAAGAGCAUAUGCUGAUUCUAAACUGCAACAGAUUUAUUUCGGACAAGAAUUGGCUAAUAAGACCAUGAAUAAGAGUAUUCAAGUGUAUAAUUUGUGCCCAGGAUGGGUUUAUACUAAUUUGUUUAGGCACAGUAUCCGAAAUGUGUUUAAACUAAUGUUUGCAAUACCAGUUGCUUUCUUUUUUAUGAGAUCAGCUAAACAAGGAGCACAAACGAUUAUUUAUUGCGCAACCGAACCUGCGCUUAAAGAGGAAAGUGGAAAACUAUAUCGAGAUUGUCAUCGCUCAACAUCGACGUAUGAGUUUACCCCAACCGAAAGAGAACAACUAUGGACAGUAUCAAAAGAUCUCAUUGAAAGUAAGGGUAUCAAAGUACCUGAAAUUUAAUUUAGCGUACCGUUAUGUUUGCCGCUGCUUAGAACGCAUUUAAAACACAAAUUUGCCGCAUCGUGUGAUAGAACGUCCUUACAACUAGAGUUAUAAAGAUAAAUACAUAUAUAUUGUACAAAAGGUACACCAGAAAUAAAUAUUGAAUGUUAAGCUGAAA